CCCGUAGGCCGUACCUUUCAGUGCUGUUUGUCUCUCUUUGUAUUGUUUCGGACUGGAGGUUGUUGAUCUCUUCCCGGCCUGCGAAUUUAUUAUUUGUGGGUGGUACAAUGGCUGCUGAAGACCAACUAUGACCGUGUCGUGCCAUGACCGGAAAGUAUCGAUGAUAAUAUCUAGUACUCAGUACUUAUCAUACUGUUGUAGUCGUGGCUUUAUAGCAACUCCUGUAUCCAAAUAUGUCUUACACGAGAAAGCGGCUGUCCGAGGCGCACCACAUAGGCUCCUCAUCAUCGACACCGCCAAUUGGAAAUCCUGUGCGGCCCUUGACAUUGCGAGGGUUUCUCUUUGCUGAGCUGACCCGCGGGUACCUGUCUCAGCCGUCGCAGGAUGAGAGCGACUCCUUUGCUGAGCGGCGCGAGCGCGUUUACACAUUCAUGAAGACACCACGAGAACUAGAGAAGCUGAUCUUGUUUGGCUUUGCGCUCUGCCUGGAUGCGUUCCUGUUCGUCUUCACGUUCCUGCCAAUCCGUGCUCUGCUGGCUCUCGGAAGCAUCCUCUUCUGGCCAUUUUAUCGACACAAGAGAUUACUGCAACCGGGCCAAAUACAUGAUCUCCUACGUGUUGCACUGCUGAUGUGUUGCUGCUAUAUUUUCCUGAUGGUCGAUGGCUCCAUGCUAUAUCACAUGGUGCGUGGCCAGUCGGUGAUCAAGAUCUACGUCAUGUUCAACAUUCUUGAUAUUGGUGAUAAGCUUCUGGCAUCGUUUGGUCAGGACACCCUGGAUGCACUCUACUGGACUGCUACGGAGAAGCAUGCACGGCGCCGUGAGCACGCCUGGACAGUGUGCGCACACUACUUGCUGGCCAUGGUCUACAUCUUGCUUCACUCGACGCUUGUCUUCUUUCAAGCCAUCACCCUGAAUGUGGCCAUCAACAGCCACAACCAGUCACUCUUCACCGUCGUCGUCAGCAAUCAGUUUGUCGAGCUGAAGGGCAGCGCGUUCAAGAAAUUCGAAAAGAACAACCUCUUCCAGAUGUCGUGCAGUGACAUCCGCGAGCGCUUCCAUCAGUUCAUACUGUUGCUUGUGGUGAUACUGCGCAACAUGACCGACGUCUUCUGGAACCUAGGGCAUUUGCGUGAGCUAGUGCUGCCGCUGGCAAUAGUGUGCUGUUCAGAAGUGAUGGUCGACUGGAUCAAGCACGCUUUCAUCACCAAGUUCAAUAGCAUCUCAUCCACAGUCUACAAAGAGUACAGGCUGAUUCUGGCCAGGGAUGUGGCUGACUCUCGACACCACCUGCCCGCCGCUGACCAUUGUGACUUGGUAUCAAGACGCAUGGGCUUCAUCCCCCUUCCGUUAGCAGUGUUGUUGAUCCGUGUGAUCUGCAACUCCAUCACAUCGCCCAGCCACCUGUCUCCUGUCUUUUUGGUCAUCGCCUUUCUAUGCGAUGGGAGCGGUGCAGCUGCCAUCACCGCAUUCUUGUGCUCAAGCAUUGUAUGCCUCUGGUAAUUGCUGCUACGGUGUGGUGGGUAGAUCAGUCAUUAUGCUCUUGGUAGCAAAGGGUACAGUAGAUCGUAUUUCCCCGAAUAUAAGUCGCACCUUUUACACUUAACUUCAGGGCCAGGUGCGACUUAUAAUCGAGCAUGAUCACUACUGAAGUGAAUAUAUCAAAACGAUAAUGACAUGGACCUGGAAAUGGGGGAGGGGGGUUGCGACUUACAAUCAAGUGCGACCUAUAAUCGGAGAAAUACGGUAAGUAGUUAGGCUGUGUUUACAUGAGAAAUUUCAACCCGGGUCGAGUUCAGCCCGGUUUGAAAGUCUGUACGAUAGACAAAAUAGGUGAGUGUUUACAUGAAGACAGUUGACCCGGGUCAAAUACUGAUAUGCCGCCAAAAGUCCACUUCUAGAGUCCUGUAUGGUCACGUGAAUCCGUUCGCGCGAAAUGUGCAUGUGCAGUGCUGUUCAAACCUGGCGCGAGAUACGCACAGAAGUACGUUUGUACGAUUUUCUUGACCCGGGUUGAUUUCAACCCUCCCCUUGGGGGGAGGGUUGACAAGGGGAGGGUUGAAACUUGAAAUCAACCCGGGGCGAAAUUUCAACCCGGGUCAAGCGCAAUGCGUCAUGUAAACGCGCCAUAUUCAUUUUGUGCACAUGGCGGGUUGAAAUCUGACCCGGGUCGAACUGAACCCGGGUUGAAACGCCUCAUGUAAACACAGCCUUAGUUCUGCACUAAUGAUUGUCACAAGAAAACGUUCUGGAAUCCAAAUUUACUACUUUGCUCUGUGUGUUGGAAAGACUAGUACUUUUCUUAGCCCAAUAAUUAUAUAGUUUAGUAGCUGUUAAUACAUGUACUACAAUAUCCGUCUUUG